AUGGACGGUGUUAAAGAAGAUAUCGUCCAGAAGAAGGAAGUGGUGCCCUACACGGAACCAACGGCAGGGACGAACAUGGCAACUAUUGGGCAAGUGGAAAAUUUUGACGAGACUAUCUCAGAUUGGAUUUCCUAUGAAGAGCGACUCAGUUCAUUCCUGAAAGUGAACAAGAUAGGAGAUGAUAGGAAAGUGGAUGCCUUUCUGAGCAUCAUAGGCCCGAAAACGUAUACGUUGCUAAAAACGCUGCUCGCACCUGAGAAACCGUCAGACAAACCUCUCGAUGACUUGAUGAAAGUGCUACGUGAUCACUUGUCCCCGAAACCAUCAGUGAUUGCGGAGAGGGCGAAAUUCCACAAAUAUAUACAAGGGGAGGCUCAGACUAUCGUCCAAUUUGUUGCUGAAUUAAAGCGACUUGCGCAGGACUGCAAGUUUGGAGCGAAUCUCGAAGGGACUUUGCGAGAUCGGUUUGUGUGUGGACUACACCGACUUGAUAUCCAGAAAUGCUUAUUUGCUGAGAACGAAUCGCUCACGUUUAAAAAAGCCGUAGAAAAGGCGCUAUCACUUGAAAUGGCGACAAAGAGCGCCUCGGAAUGUCACGCGGCGGACACGCCCCCAAGACUGAAUAAGAUUGAUAAACCAGAGAGAAGAAAGAAACGCUUUUGUUAUCGGUGCGGCGGCAGCAAUCAUGCGAGUGAGGCGUGCAACUUUCGAGACGCUGUCUGCCAUAGAUGUAAACGGAAGGGACACAUCAAAAGAGCUUGCCAGUCUGGAACGAAGGUCAAGCCCGCGGGACGACAAUCCUUGAGUAAUUUGAAGGAGGAGAACGACUGGGUUCAGAAUAAUCCUGGGGCAAACGCUAUCCUUCGACUGGAGUCGCACAAGAAUGAUCCUAUGUAUGCUACCGUUUCCGUCGAAGACGUUCCACACACGAUGGAGAUUGAUACCGGUGCUGCUGUUUCUGUAAUGUCUUUACAACAGUACCAGAAGUGCUUCCCACACCUGACCUUGGAACCCACAUCUCUACGUCUGCGCACGUAUACUGGUGAAGCACUAACGCCCCAAGGGUACAUUACGGUCAACGUCAACUACGGAGGUCGUCAGCGGACCCUGCCCCUUCAUAUCCUGCGUCAACCAGGUGUCCCUCCCCUGGGCCGUAACUGGGUGCGUGAGCUGCGGCUAGAUUGGGCCGGACUGAACACCAUGUCGCUCGACGUCAACACAAUUACCGGACAGUUGACCGAGAAGUACAAGCCUCUUUUCACCGAAGUACUCGGAAAGAUUAAGGGUGAGCAAGCAUGUCUCAAGUUAAAGGAAGGCAGUACGCCACGUUUCUUGAAAGCUCGAAGCUUACCGUUUUCUCUGAGAAAUGCUGUGGAAAAUGAGAUAAAUAAAUUGGAGAAGAUGGGAGUAAUAUCGCCAACAAGCUGCAGCGCAUAUGGCACGCCAGUAGUUCCGGUCGUCAAGAAGGACGGCUCCGUCCGAUUAUGUGGUGACUACCGAACAACGUUAAACCAAGUCCUGGAAGUCGAAAAGUAUCCCCUUCCGAGGUUCGAUGAGAUUUUUGCGGCGCUUGCUGGUGGAAAGUACUUUUCGAAAAUAGAUCUUAAUCGUGCAUAUCUUCAAGUAGAAGUCGACGAGCAAUCAAGUCGGUAUUUAACGCUAAAUACCCACAAAGGACUGUAUAAGGUAAACCGUCUUGCCUUUGGUAUUACUGCGGCCCCUGCAAUAUUCCAGAGAAUCAUGGAUAAUAUGCUGAAAGACCUGGAUGGUGUCAUCGUCUACCUAGACGAUAUUCUUGUUAUGGGGAGGUCAGAACAAGAGCAUUUUCGGAAUCUGGAAAGGGUUCUGCAGCGCCUAAUGGAACGAGGGGUCCGUAUAAAAAGGGAAAAAUACGAGUUUUUGAAGACCGAGUUACAGUACUUAGGACAUGCCAUUAACGCUGAAGGCGUGAAGCCGUCGAAAGAGAAAGUUGAAGCGGUACUGCGUGCCCCCGCGCCGACAGACAAACAGCAGCUUCGCUCGCUGCUGGGAGUAAACAAUUUCUACGAGAAAUUCCUGCCAGACCUAUCAAGUGUCCUGCAUCCCCUGCACAGGCUUUUGAAACUAAAAGUGGCAUGGUCGUGGAACCAGCAGUGUCAGAUGGCCUUCAAUAGAGUAAAGGAAUUACUCGCAUCACCGCCGGUCUUGGUGCACUACGACCCGGACGCCCCGUUGCAGCUUGAAUGCGACGCCUCGGCUUUUGGAGUAGGUGCGGUACUGUCGCACAUACAAGAAGACGGAAGUGUGAAACCCAUAGCCUACGCGUCACGAACACUAAGUACAGCGGAGGCAAAUUAUAGUCACUUGGAGAAAGAAGCACUUGCCUUAAUAUUUGGCGUUAAAAAGUUUCAUAGCUUCUUGUAUGGACGAGAAUUUGUGCUACUGACUGACCACAAGCCACUUCAGACCAUAUUCGGUGAAAAGUCAAGCACACCUACUAUUGCUGCUGCACGUCUGCAGAGGUGA